AGUUCACGUCGACCCGCCCCUCAGAGGCACCGGCGGGACCGCAGUGGUCCGAUAAAAAGUCCGGACGGUGCCAGGGAAGCAGAAGGACUCCGACAGCAGUGUUGCUGAAAGCAUCCCGAAAAGCGCUAAUUUCAAGACCCGGUAACUGAGCCUUGACUCCGGUUUGAGCAGGAAACACAUGUUUUCAGCUGACACGGCUGCAGAGGCGGCUGAAUGGGUCAGAAAAGAUGCACAAAAGGAAACAAAAAAGAAGCUGGUGUGUCUUUGUCACGCUGCCAGUGAGGCUCUUGUAUCGGGAGGGUGAACGUCUUUUUAUUUGACUCAGGCUCGUGCAGUUUGCGAAAAGUGAACAAAACUGAAACCUGGAAAAGUCAUGAUGAGUUUAUAUCAAGGAAUCUUCCUCCUUUCUGCUCUCUGCUGCUGCCUAGCGGACAACGUGCCGCUGCUCCGCAGCAAGCGAGGGACCCGAUUUUACAGAGGUGAGCCCAACCGGCAGCCAGCUAGACGGACGCUUUUGAUUGUUCAGUUGAAGAAACCUUCGCCUUCCUUUGAAACAUCCUUCCUGUGUGUGGACAGUGAAACGUCAGCCGUGCGUAGCUUUGGCGACACUUGGCUGCGCUGGAAAGGACAGCGCGUGGAGUUUUGCCAUUGCGCGUUAAGAGGAAGAGAGCAAUGUCAUGUUGUGCCUGUCAUCAACUGCUACGUGUCCCAGUGCUACAACGGGGGAACCUGCAAGGAGGCCGUCUACUCGUCCAACUACAUCUGUCAGUGUCCCCCUGGCUUCAGCGGAGCUCAGUGUGAGAUCAGUAAGUACCCAUGUUUCACUCUAAUCUGGGUCAUAAUUCUGAGCCUUUAAAAUUACAGAUUAAAUUGUAAAAAAGUGAACAAACGACUGUGCAAAACCACAAAUAUUCAGAGAAAAGCCGUAAAACCUGAAAAAGACGUUGAGGUUUUUCACAUUUUCUUAUGUCUCAACAUCUAACUUCAAUGUACUUGAGGUUGUAUCGAUGUUAAGUUGUUAAAAUGAUUCAGGUUUAUCAGUUGGCUUUAUGUCUGGACUUUGACUAGGCCAUUGCGACCCAGAAUCCACUGUAGAACUGAAAGUGUUCAGGGUCGUUUUCCUGCCGGAAGGUGAACAUCCACCUCAGUCCCAAGACUUUUGCAGCCUCUGACAGGUUUUAUUCCAGGAUUGUGCUAUCUUUAGCUUCAUCCAUCAAGCCUCCCCACAUCAUUAUACUGCCACCACCAUAAUGUGGGGUGUCAAUAUUUUUAGAUACAAAAGCACGUACAUAAACUGUUGACCCACUUUAGACAUAAAUAUAAGCAGAACCAAAGACAUGAUUGAUUUUUAGGAAAAAUAAAAAUGUCGUCUCCCAUUUGUACAUUCAUGAUCAAGCAGUUGAAUUUCUGGAAGAAUACAAAUAUAUUGUGACCACAACUGACAAUAGACUUUGUUUUGACAAACAAGCUUACCAACCUAGACACUUAUCGUAAAUAAAUUAGACAUUUUAACAUGGAUAGUAGUUUUAUGGGAAUGUUUUAUAACUGUUUUAUUGAAUCUGUUCUUACUUGUUCAUUUAUUUGCUGGUAUAAAACAAAAACCACAUUCAAUGCUUCAAUGCCAGUGCAAAAUUACCAAUGCCUUCCUUAGCAACAUCUCUACCCUCCACGAAGCAGAUCCCCCAAGAAAGCUCAGGCAAUUUUAGCUGCACCAAACCCUUGUUUAAUUCUCUCCUUUACCGUCAGGAGGCAGGUUUGCUUUAAAAAGCUGCAGGCCAACAGAUUUAAUAAUUCAUUUUCUUCUGCUUUUAAUAGCCUUUUAAAUACUUCAGUUGAGUGUUGUGAUGUUUUUCUUUUUUUUCUUAAAUCUUAUCUUAAAUCUUAUUUACUAUAUUUAUUGUUGGUGUAUGCUUAUUCUGCUGGCUGUAGUAUAAAUUGCCCCAUUGGGGAUAUUAAAGAUACCCUGAAGGCAGCGUUCAUUAAGACGUGUUUCUGACUCUUGAUAAGGUCACAGUCUGGCUGGGUGACUCCACAGCUGCUGUCAUAGACCUGUGGUUUGAAGAGAAGAAAAAAGAUGGAUCAUAAACCAUGGAAAGACAUUCUGGGACUUGAAUGUUUUUGUUUCAGUGGUUUUAGGGACACCCCACCCUUGGAUAAUUAUCCAAAGGCCAGCCAAGAGCUUUUUAGCAAAAGUGCAGCAAGUUAAUGUGGCCAUAUUUUGUGUGUGGUCACUGCUUUAAACCACUAAUAUGGAAACUAUGAGAUUAAUGCUAUUAUAAAGCAUGAUAUGAAUUUAUACGAUAUACAAGAACUAAACUUUCCUUCAUAAUUUGUUUUAAGGAUCUAUAGUACCACAAUAAUAUAUUCCAAAUAGAUUCUGCAAAUUUAGCCUGGAAAAAUCCAGCCCCCUUUUUCCAACGCAAUUUGCUUUACACCAACUGGUUGGGCUCUCUGUUAUUGAGGAAUUAUUGCUUCCUGUAUGAUGUUGAAGUUUUAAAAUUUACCCAAUCACUAACGUAU